AUGACUGAAAGCAGGGGAAUAAGCAUGAGGACGACCUUAUUAUUGGCAAUAAUAGCCCUGUGCUGCUGGUCUUCCGAAUGGUUUAGCGUCCAAGCCACCCCGUUGCAGCAGCAGCAGCAGCGACAGCGUCAUCAAGAACGAAGACAUCUCCAAGAUGCGACUGUCCAAGGGUUGCAGUCACAUUUUGGAGCCAACUCGUUUGCAGGUGGAAUGGUAAUCCCAUCCACAAAUCCCAAUGUCGCUUAUAUUACAGGUCAAGUCGGUGCUUACAAUUGCUUCAUCGGAGCCGUGUCCUUGAUCAACAGUGACAAGACGCUAACGUUUAUCAGCAAGCAAAUUUUGGAAGGUGCCAUUUGUCAGACGCUUAGUCUCAAUUCCAAGGAAUCCCAACUGUUACUACUGGCGACAGCCGAAGAAGGAGGCCUCUUUACGGAAACAAGGCAGACAGGAUCCACCAGAGCAACCCAAUAUGGACUGAUUGCUCCUCUCUUGUUUGCUGCUGAUGGAGCUCAAGCUAUUCUACAACCUGGAUUGCUGUUGCACGAUGAUCCUGUCCAAUAUCCAAAGGCCUUGGUCAUGGACCCGUUUCACGAUGACUUUGCCUAUUUGGUCAGCAUGCAUUCGGAAUCCAAGGAAGAAAAUACCCACACGACGAUUGAUUCCGAACCCAACUUUACCUAUCUCCGCAAGUAUGGAUCGUCUUACUUUAUUACAAUUCGACGCAUCUUGUUCAAUGACCAAAAAAUAUUGCCCAACAGAGCGUGGAGCAGGGAAUACGCCGUCACUCCGCAAAAUUCUUUCGAAGCCAACGUCGUUGUGUCCAAUAUGAUUUAUAGCAAGGGCAACUUGUUGCUGGUCGGAUACACCCAAGGCUCCGGAAAUGCCUUUGGUAACGACGUAGGAAGCGGCAUUAGCGGUUAUGUCACCAAGUUUGAUACAGAAACAGGAAACGUUCAAGAUACUCCAGCUCGGGUAUCGCUCGGAACUUCGUCGACCAGCUUUACUCUUCUCUAUGAUGUCUGCAAUGACAACAAGGAUGCCGAUUUUAUCUACAUUACUGCCUUUACAGGAGAACAAGAAAUUGUCUUGAUCAAGAUGAAUGCGCAGCUAUUGGAAAUUGCAUGGCAGGUCCCAUUUACGUCCGAUCAGGAUGUUCACGAUUUGAUGUGUGCAGUCGAUGAAACCAGUGGUGUCGUGUACAUGGCAGGCGUGGUGGCUGAUGGCGGAACUGUAACUGGGACUGUUACGGAGGGCAGUACAACGACUACUUCCUUGGGCCGCAAUGAUGUCUUUGUGACACAGCUUUCAACGGAUUCCGGGAACGUCAAUUGGUUGCGUCAAAUGGGGACCGCCAUGGAUGAUCGUGUGGCGUCCAUUCAGAUAUUGACUUCGUCCACAGUGGGAGGAGGACUACUCAUGUUUGGGGAUUCCUCGGGGUCCCUAAUGGCAUCUGCUUCGAAGAGCAAUGAAGUCUGGAUUGCUCAAAUUCCCAUGGACGGGAAUUUACCAACCACGACGGAAAUUUCCAGUCAAGUCUCCAACGAUGGUGGUAAUGUACCAAUUGGACAACCCGUUUAUGACGAUGGAGACCAAAUCAUUCCUCCAGAUGAUACGCCAAAUUUUCCAAACACUCCGGCAGAUGGUGGAGACGAUACUAAUGGUGGCGGAGGUGGUGAUGCACCCGUGAUCAAUAAUUCGAGCAGCGACGACGGUGCAUAUGAUGAUGAUAUGUUGAGACCAUAUGGUAUAUCUGCAAUUAUUGUCCUUAUAUUGUUUGCCAUCGGGUUGGGUAUUGUACGGCGCAAGCAAAUCCAACAGGAUCGAGUAACGGAACGGGCCUUGGUCUUUUCGUAUCUACAAGCCUUUGAACCCGAAGACAUUGAUGUUCGCAACUCGGCGACGGGUGGUUGGCAUGGAACCUAUGUUGGAAAGUUGCACAGGGAUGGGGCAGCUUCACAUUCGUCAGUUGUCAAGGACAAUACCUUUGUGGACUACGAUUUGGGUUCCCCGGUUUCACCAAGUCGAGAGCCACGACGACAGUUUGUCAUUGGGGACGAUGACGGGGAGGACGACAUGGAACUGGAUGACCAGGCCGACGAUGAUGAAUACCGCAACCGGUACAAGACGGAUGAUGACUAUGAGAACGAGAACGACCAACGGGAAAUGGAUGCUGUCGAUAUUCGAAUUGCUGGUACGAGUUCCGGCUAUGAAGAGGAGGAGGAGAAACCGUCAUGGGGGAAAGAAAUUGUAUAA